UUCCUGACAGGGAGUCGGGAUAAAAAGUUUGAGGUGGCCGCUUGAGUAAAAGGUUGUUGAGUCGGAGGGAGGGGGUAAAAUCACGACAGAGAAAAUGAGCGACACAGAGGCGCAGAGCGCAGCACCGACUGAGCAACCUCAACCUGAGAGAAAAAUUAUCGCAACAGGGGUGCAGGGGACUGUAAAAUGGUUCAAUGUGCGCAAUGGGUAUGGCUUCAUCAACAGAAAUGAUACCAAAGAAGAUGUGUUUGUUCAUCAGACUGCAAUAAAAAAGAAUAACCCAAGGAAGUUUCUCAGAAGUGUGGGGGACGGUGAGGUGGUGGAGUUUGACGUUGUUGAGGCAUCUAAAGGUUCAGAGGCAGCCAACGUGACUGGUCCUGGUGGUGUACCUGUUAAAGGCAGCCGAUACGCGCCUAAUAAACGCAGGUUCCGUAGGCGAUUUUAUCCUCGGAAUGCACGCACUGAUCAGGGAGAAUCAAAAACAUCCGGGGCUUCUGAGGGAGAAGGCCCUGAAGAGAAAGAAGACCCUCAGCCACGCCCCAGACGCCAGCGACCGCGCAGAAGACCUGCUGCACCACAAACUGAGGGAGAAGCAGGAGACGACAGGAAUGUAGAGGGAGAAGGUGCCCAGCAGAGGCCUCCACAACGCAGGUUCAGACCUCGAUUUCGAAGGCCGUUCCGUCCUCGUCCAGCCCCUGGAGAUGCUCAACCAACAGCUGCCCCUGCUGAGGAACAGGAGUCACCCUCUAAAGAGGAACAGACCAAUGGGGAGCAGGUUGGGGAACAGGUUGGGGAGCAGGUUGAGGCACAACCCCGAAAACCCCGUAGACAGUUCAGUCGACGCAGACAGAGGAAAUCUGAAUCCGGUGCUUCUAAAGAUGAAGAUGAACCUGAAAAAGCACCUGAAGCAUCCCCGACUGAGGCCUCCAAGCCUGCUAAUGUAAAACCAUCUUCUGAAACUUCUCCAAAACAAUCUCCUAAAACAACUGAGGCACCUGCCGCUACAGCUGCCAAGAGCACAGAAUGAUUUCUGUGACCUGGAAGGAAUCAUGUGACCCCGGCAAGAGGUGGGACUUCCUGAGCUAAACUGGUGCUGUCUUUUGAAAGUGGUAUAGAGUUUCGCCCAUCAAACAACAACCGCUGCUAAAACGCAUCAGAUGUUGUCUGCUGACCCCCAAGUCAAAUUAAGCAGCAGGCACUGAAUUCGACAAGGCUUUAAUUUUAUUUUUUCAAUUUCAUUCUGGUUUUAAUUGGCAAGGACAUUCGCUUGUUUACCGUUUAACGGAACAGAUUGUAUUCGUUAUGUUCUCGGGGUGAACUCAGGCCACUUUUUAUUAUCGAGAUGAUGAAUGUGUCCCAAUUCACCCUACUUUUGAAUGUUUUAAAAUAACUAUUGCGUUCUUGUCUCACCUCUUACCUCCUGUUGCCUGUCUUUCUCCCUCCCUUUCACGUUUCCCCCCUCUUUUUCUCCCUGUGUCGCUGCAUAGGUUCCUGGGUGGGUUAGUUUGGGGGGUAGGACUUCACCUGUCUCGUCAAACAUUCAACCAUUUGUCCAAACAAGUUCUACAUCCCUGUCCCUCCCCCUCACCUGAUCCACCCCGUGUGGUCUGGACCCUUCGUCUGUCAGGGAGCAAAAGCGGAGGGUUGGGUUGAUGCAUAUUUAGCCAUUUAAAAUAAAAUUUCAAAGAAAAUAAGAAAACUGCUCAAAAGGCCCAUUUAGAUUUACAAUAUUUCCCCUGUAUAGUUUUGUUCUGUAUUAUGGGCAUUGAGCAGUAGGAAAAACAUGACCAGUUUGGCUACUUUAAGUUCAUCAAUGAGAGGAAAGGCCAUCCAAUACUGCACAGGCUCUUCUCAUUUAAAGCUAAAUAACAAGGGGAAAAAUACAUCCGAUCAGAAAACAAACUGGUUUAAACUUUUGUCCCUUUUUUUUCUUUUAUAUGUACUACUUUUUUUUGGUGGGGAUUAUGUGCAAUGUUAGUGAGUAAAUAAAGUAUUUGCAAAGCCA